CUUUUUCUGUCGAAGUGUCUGCAUUUUAUAACGAAUUUUUGACUUAUCAGCAAAUAGCAAAUCAAUUAAAUUAAACUAAUACUUUGGUAAUAAAAUGGCUCAAAAUGUGAAUCCAUUUUAUGAGCAACAAGCUGGUGCGACAAAACAGAACGAUGAAUCGAAAAAAUCAUCAAACGAUAGUCAUGCUGUAACUAAAAGAUUGCACAAAGAAUUAAUGACUUUAAUGAUGACACAAGAUAAAAAUAUUUCAGCGUUUCCAGAUGGAGAAAAUUUGUUUAAAUGGAUAGGAACAAUAAUGGGUCCGAAAGACACUGUAUAUGAAACACUCAAAUUCAAGCUUAGUUUUCAAUUUCCCAACUCUUACCCCUAUACAGCUCCUGUUGUAAAAUUUGUGACACCUUGUUUUCAUCCCAAUGUAGAUACAAGUGGUAAUAUUUGCUUAGAUAUAUUGAAAGACAAGUGGUCUGCCUUAUACGAUGUAAGAACAAUCUUGUUAUCUAUUCAAGCACUAUUAGGAGAACCCAAUAUUGAUAGUCCUUUAAACGCUUUAGCUGCUGAAAAGUGGCAAAAGCAGGACGAAUAUAGGAAACACGUUUUCGAUACAUAUAAAGAGGCUUAAUUAUUUAGCGUGUAUUUGUUAUAAUGAAUUGUAAAUUAUUAGUUAGGGUGUGAAAAUUUAUAGACUGCAGUAAUCGAAUUCAAACACUCGGUUAUAAUUUUUCCGUUAUUUUUUUAUUAUGAGUAUAUUAAUAUAAAAAUGUCAAUCAAUAAUUUUUAUUUAUUAAUACUUCAAGAUACUAAAUUGGUUGCCAAAAUUCAUAUUCGUAAAUGCACCCACUAUCAUGUACUGAGUGUUUGAAUUAAUCGUACUUAUUGAUAAUUUUUAUUUUGUGUAACUGAUAAUUUGAACUGUAUUAUAGUAUAAUUAAUAAAUUACAUAUAGUAAAAA